AAAAAAAAAUGACACCUCUCUCUCGUCUCUCUCGUUGAUUUUGUUGUCAUUCUUGAGCGGACAAAUAAAAAGAAAAGCCUCUUCGUUUGAAUCCAAUUAUGUGUAUCUAAAAGCUGUGGAAUCUCAAAACCACUGCCCUUUUUUUUUCUUAUGGUUGAAUUUAACAUAUUUCUUUUUGUGUGUGUUUCGGAUCCGACCAUCUCUGCAACAUCGUACUUUGGGAGACAACAGGGUCGAAAGACCAUCUCCAUUGUCUUCUUCACUUGGAGAACUAAAACUCUCUCUCUGCUCUGUCUCUCUGUACUUUCUCCUUUCUCUUUUUUUCCGUAUCUGUCAGCCUUUGAUUCUGCUUUUUUUUUUGUUUCUUCACAAUCUCUCAGCACAUAUACAUUGUUGCGGCGACAGGAUUCAGAUUGGUUAUGGAGGAUAGGGUUUUCUCAUCGAAGUAAUUUGAUCGAACACUUGGUGUGCUAAAAUUAAUAUGAAGCAACGAUGGCAGUUCUUGUUCCUCUGCUUGCUCGUAUUGUUUCUAAUAGUAGACGCUCGUGGCAGACGGCUACUCAGAGACGACGUUAGCGAAGAAGCUGCUCUGUUAACGGCGUUUAAACAAAUCUCCGUUACGUCGGAUCCUAAUAAUUUUCUGGGUAAUUGGAAUUACGGGUCGGGUCAUCAUCAUGACCCAUGUUCUUGGCGAGGCGUCUCUUGCGCUACCGAUGGUGUUGUCACUGGUCUCGAUCUACGAAACGGUGGUCUUACCGGAACCCUAAAUCUCAAUAAUCUGACGGCGUUGUCAAAUCUCCGGGAUCUUUAUUUGCAAGGAAAUAAGUUCUCGUCUGGUGACUCCUCUGUUUCUUCUUCUUCUUCUUCAGGAUGUUCUCUCGAGGUUUUGGAUUUAUCUUCAAACUUGAUUACGGACUCUUCGAUCGUUGAUUACGUUUUCUCCACAUGUUUGGAUCUGGUCUCUGUUAACGUCUCCCAUAACAAGCUCGCCGGGAAAUUGAAGACUUCUCCGUCGUCGACGAGACUAACCACUGUUGAUCUCUCCAACAAUCUCUUUUCCGAUGAGAUUCUGGUGAAUUUCAUAGCGAGUCUCCCGGCGUCUCUGAAACACCUCGAUUUAGCGGCAAACAAUUUCUCCGGCGACUUCUCUCGUCUCGGUUUCGGUCUCUGUGGGAACCUCACCGUGUUCAGUGUAUCACAGAACAACAUCUCCGGCCACAAAUUCCCGAUUAGUCUGUCGAAUUGUAAUCUCCUCGAAACGCUAAACCUCUCUUGGAAGCUGUGGAUGGGGGAAUGUAUAUAGACAUGGAGGAAGACAUGGAUCUAACGGAAGAUGAUUUCAGAAAUGUCUCUGGCCAGUUUUCAGGGGAAACAUCGAGAGUGGAGGUUAAGGAUGCUGUCAAUGUGAGUGUUGAAACCGUGAAAGUGGAUGUUAGUUGUAUCCUUAUUUUUCUUUUUAUGUUGGAGGUUGCUAAUGCUUUCGUUUCUUAAACCUCUGCUUCGAGUGUAGUUUCACUUUAGGAUUGACAUUAUGAACAUGCUUCUAUCAUCAUAUGCUCUGAGAUUUGAAUGCAUGUGAUGAUGUAUUCUUUCUUUGUUUUCUGUAAUUACAUUAUGAACAUGCUUCUAUCAUCAUAUACUCUAAGGAAGAUGAUGACCAUUAUGAUA